ACACCCUCAAGAAGAAAGAGAGCGAAUAGAAAUGCAAUUGUUUCGGAUUGAAAGAAAGAAAAAUUCAAUAGAAUUUUAUUUUUUUAUUCCAUUUUUAAGUGAGUAUCGAUACUCUCCUGGCUUUUUAAAUAUUUUACAUAAAAAUUUCAGGUUUAAUGAUUGGUUCUACGAUGACAAAUCGAUUUACGGAAUUCCAUGAAGAGAAAAAGAAUCUGUCACCGAUAGCUGGUUAUUGGGCGUACCCAUUGGUUUCUCUUACACAAUCAUUAUCGAAGGUCACCGAUCAAAUCAAUGAGCUAAAUCGUUCGAUUAGCGAAGCAACGAAACGUUGCCAUUAUCCAUCGGAACAUGGUCUUAGUCGUGAUGAAUCAGCGGCAAUUUUAUUAUAUACUAUGGAAGCUGGCGAGUAUAGCUUCUAUAUUGCAUUGAAUCAAAUAUUGCGUGAUGAAAAUCGAAAAAGAGCGGUACCCUGGUUCUCGUACUUGAGAUUAUUCGAUAGUGGCCUAAGAAAAUUACCCACAGUGAAAGGCUGUAUUUGGCGUGGAGUGUCGCACGAUAUAUCCUAUGAAUAUCAGAAAAAUGAUGUAUUAACUUGGUGGAGUAUUACUUCUUGCUCAUUGGCGAUCGAAGUCGUGGAAAGUUUUCUAAACUCAGAGAAAAAUUCCACCUUAUUUAUGAUCGAAGCCGCCAAUGCAAAGAACAUUACUGAUUACACUUUAUUUCCCACUGAAGAAGAGGUGAUAUUACCCAUGGAGACCAAAUUACGCGUGCGCAGUAAUGCGAUGAAGCAUGGCAAUCUACGUGUCAUUCAUUUAGUGGAAAUAACUGAUGGCGUUGAAGAAGUGUCGCCAGCAAUGGAUGCCGCGUGUAUUACAUCCAAACCCUCCAUCCCAGCGAAGCCAUUUAAACUUCAAGAAUUUGCUCCACCUGGCACGUGCAAAGAACUUUAUUGUGAAGGUCGUCCUUGUGCCAAGUGCCACGAGUGUCGUGAUUGGCAUUUUACUGAUGAUCAAGAUCAAUGGGAUUGGGUCUGCAAUUGGAGAAAUUGGAUGCAGGUGGAUAAGGAUCGUUGGUACAAUGUUGCUGAUAAGCUUUUUACGAAACGUGAUGGUGCAACUUGUUAUCAUCAUUCACUUCGUGAUUCUUAUUAUGAUGACGUAUGUCUCUGUGAGAAACACUAG